AUGAGUUCUAAGUUGAAUAGUAAUUUAAUAAGAUAACACAUAAAACAAUAUAUUGUGAUUUCAAUUAUGAGGUAUAAUAAUGUUACCUUUGUUAAGGAAUUAGAGUAAAAAUAUAGGUUCAAUUAUCCACUUCAUAAUAAACCAUAAAUUGAUUAAAAGAAAGAAGAAACUUUUAAUACUAAAUUACCAAAGUAUGAAGCCUACAUUGAAGCAUCCAAUUAAUAAAUAGAAUUACCUUUACAACCAUCACCUUAAUAAGUUAGAGCAAUCCAAAAUUAAGGCAAAAUAUAAUUCUGCCGCCAAUAGAAUGAAUAAUAAAGCAAAGAAAUUAAAUCAAUACUAAACUUCUAAGUGGAUACAAAAUUCAUCAAAAUGAAACCCAGCAAGAAAAAAACUCAAAGAUAAUAUUAAUAGAUUCGAAGACCUCAAAUUUAAAUUAUACCAAAUAAUUGUAAAUAUUAACGAGUUUCUGGUUUGAGUUAAAUUUAAAGUCUAAGUAUGCAUCAAAGUUUCAUUCUCAAUAAUAACAUAUCAGAAAUAACUUUUCAAUAAGAAUCUCGUCUAUCCAAAUUUCAAUAAUUGUUGAAGAAGGCUCCAAAACCUGUUGAAAUUGAAUAAUAUAGAUCUCUUAAAUAUUUUGGUAAUAAUGAAUUAUGUGAGGGAAUAUUGGAUGGAAAGAUUGUGCAAUUUAUUAAAACUUAAUAAUCUAAUGUGAUUUUAUGA